AUGCGAUUCGCAGAUGAAAACCGGGAAAAUGGUAUACUGUGCGUAUGGUUCGGUCCCUCGCCAGUCAUUUUUGUCUUUAGAGAUGAUUAUGUUCAGGAUGUACUGGGAAGUCUGCAAAACCUGAACAAACAUUCGCUGUAUAAAUUUUUACGCCCCUGGUUAGGAUGUGGUGUGAUGAUGAGCCCAAAAUCAAGAUGGGUCCACUCAUCAAAGAUACUGAAGCCAUCAUUCAAUUACAAUAUCUUAAACUGUUUCGUAAAACGAAUUGAAAAUCAAAUAAUCGAUGAACGCAGUGUAGUAUAUCAAGAAAAUAUGAAUAGCAGUAAAGAGGAACAGGCUCGGAGAAUGGAAAAUAUUACCUUAGUGGAUACUUUUUUUGAUAAGUACUUCGAAGGAAAAGUCGACAAAAAGUUCAUGAGAGAAGAGCUGGAGAACGUUGUGUUCGGGGGUACGGAUACAAUGUCUACAACUUUACAGUGGAUAAUACUUUUAGUAUCUUCGUAUCCAGAUGUGCAAAAGAAGUUACAAGAGGAAAUUGACGUUUUUUUUCGACAAAAAUUAGCUUAUCUUCAACUGAAAAUCAUACUAUCAGGAAUCUUCCAAAAAUACAAUAUCAAAUCAAACCAAAAAAUAGAAGAAGUUCUACCAUCUAUGGAAAUGGUACUCAGACCUAGUAAGGACAUUUAUGUCACACUUACCCAUCGACAACUGGAGUAA